AUGAAAUAGCUCGGCGUGGCAACGGCUGCGACGCAUAUUCAGGCGAAGCAGAAGCAUGGCGAAGACAAGCAGCGCAGCCGCCUGGAGCGCCUGGAUGGACCGGCUCGAGAACGCGCGGGUCUCGCAGCAGAGCCUGAGCUCGAUGGUCCGGACGAGCGCGGCCACAAACCUGGGCACGAGCGUCUUUGCCCUGCAGCAGAGUGCCGCCAAACUGCGUCGCGACUUUGACGCGAUGACCGCAGUCCCAACGUCCAACGCUGUCGCGACGCCGCAAGAGAUUCGGCGGCGAGAAGACCUUCUGAAGACGCUGGAAGCCCAGACGUCGGCGCUCUUAACGACGUACAAUAGUCGCGCCCAAGGCACGCGCGGGGCGUCGACGGUCGAGGCAGGCUCGCAAAUGCUGCGCAUCCAGAACCAAAUGAUGCAAGACCAGGACGACCAGCUCGCGAUCAUCGGGUCGGGCGUGGCGAAUCUGAAGCAUUUUUCGUUUGCGAUCAAGGACGAGACCGACUUGCACCACCGACUGCUUGACGAUAUGAACCAGGACAUUGACCGCGCGACGGUCGGGCUCGAAUCGGAAGGCGACCGCGCUGAGCUCGUGGCCAAGCGCAGCAGCAACUUUCGGUUGUACCUUGCGAUCCUCGUGCUCUCGGCCAUCCUCGUCUUUGAACUCGUCAUUGGCGGCAGCAAAUAAGAUGUAGCGCAAUACAGUUUAUUUUAAAAAUGACACAGAAAGCCAAUAUGAC